AGAUAAUUCAUGUUCCGUUUCCAGGGCGAUUCAGUUGGCGGGUGAAAAGCGCCAAAUCAAAACUGACGAGGAGUGAAAGUUCAGAAUCGGAAGGAUUGGUUUGGAUAAAGCCGACGCCUCUCAGGAUUCUCACUUUAGUUUGAUUUAUGACUUUAUUACCCGAGAAAGUGUGUUAAAGCAUCAUGGAGGAACUCUUCAGCAAAGUGCUACAGGUGUACGUGAGGUGCAGGGACAGUGAAGAAAGGCGAACAAAUAUCAGAGUCACCAUUGAGCUUCAGCAGACAACGAGUCCGGUACACAAAAGGGACCUUCUAGUAAAACUCACCGAUGAUAAAGACCCUUACUUUCUCUUUAACCUUUUUGUGUCAGAAGAAGAUUUUCAAAGUCUGAAAGUCCAGCAGGGCCUCCUGAUAGACUUUGCAUCAUUUCCUCAGAAGUUUAUUGACCUGCUAAAUCUCUGCUCUGCUGAACAAGAGUCAGACAACCCAAGGUUUCUUCUGCAGUUAUCAUGUCAGUCUCCGGUGCUCGAAGGUCCCGCCAACUUCAGUGUUGUAGAAACGAAUGCAUUCAAACACCUGAACCACUUGUUUUUACGGCUUGCCCAAGGCUCUGACAAAGAUGUUAAAGACUACCUGGCAGUGUGUCUCUCCUCUCUGAAGACGGAGAAGCAGGCACUUGAGAUGAAGCUCAAGAAGACUGAAGACGACCUGUCCAGGCAACUGAGUUAUGCACAACAGACCCUGACUGAGAAGACUAAAGAGUUGGACAAGCUGCGCUCAGAGUGGACGAGUCAGAGCAGCGGUCUGUCCAGCCGUCACACGCAGGAGCUGCAGUCAGAAAGGGAGAAAGCUCAGGAGUUACAGAGCCGGCUCCAGCAGCAGACAGAGCAGCUCCGUCACGAGCUAGAGAGUGCUCAUAAGCAGAGCAGCCAGCAGCUUCACGGCAAACUGACGGAGCUGGAGACAUCGUGCAGAGAGCUGACGGAGAGGAAAUACAAGAAUGAGUCUGUCAUUCGAGAUCUGAAGAUAAAACUAGUGGGGGCAGAAGAGGAGUGCCAGCGCUCAAAGCAGCAGGUACUGUCUCUCAGGAGGGAGAACGGCACGCUGGACACCGAGGUCCAUGAGAAGGAGCGUUUGGUGAGCCAGCUGCAGAUGAGAGUGGCAGUCCUCGAACAAGAGGUCAAAGAUAAGGAGCAACUCAUGCGUCGCACCAAAGAGGUGCUCGAUGCCACUCAGCAGCAGAAGGAAUCAAUGGAAGAAAAUGCAGAAAGUAAAGAACAUCAGAUUAGAAAACUUGAAGCCACGGUGAAGUCGUUGUCGGAGGAGCUGAUCAAGGCUAACGGGAUCAUUAAGAAGCUGCAGGGUGAGGUUCGAUGCCUGGUUGGAAAACUAAAAAUCAAAAACACAGUGACUGUGUCCCAGGAGAAGGUCCUCCAGGAAACGUCAGAAAAACUUCAAAACAUUGAAAGAAAUCUACAAUGUGCUCAGCAGCAGCUCACGACCAAGGACAAGCAGGUUUCUAAAUUAAAGGAGCAGUUGGAGACGACAGUUCAGAAGCUAAAUGAAAGCAAAGAGGUGUUAAAAACCAACGAGAAUGUCAUAAAUUGGUUAAAUAAGCAGCUUAACGAGAAACAGCUGACCCGAAAGCUCAUGACUCCUGAAUCUUCAGAGAAUCCGUCGGUUUUGUCCUCGACAAAAGGACUGAAGGCGCAGUUUUAUCCUCAUUCGGGGAAACCUGCUGUGUUUUCUGUCGACGUCUCUCCUGCUGAUCAGAGACCUGUACAGCCAGCCAACAGACACACUGUAGACUCUGCUGGUCUGGAUUCAAAGUACUUUGAGAGGAGAGAAGAUAGCAUUCCCAUCUAUGGACUGCCUUCUAAUCUUCACAGAGAGAUCCCUCAGCGAACAAAGCCGGCCGUAGCGUCUGCUUACUUCUCAGCAUGAAUCGGCGGCGUCUACAUUUAAUGACCACGACAGAAUGAUAUUCAUUCCAGCUCCGGGUGCUGCGUUAAAUAAACUUGUUUUUAACUACAAAUUGUCAAAUUUAAUUUAUGUUUUUAUGUCCACUAACCUGUCCUCUCUGAUUAAGUGCAUACUGUUAAAGCUUUGUUAUGAUGAAGGUUUGAAUGUCAUUUAAUAGAAUUUAUCAUUUUUUCUCAUCCAGUAAAAUCAGUUUCUGUGAUUAUUUUGUGUUCUUGUAUUCUUUCAGUAAAACUGUGAAUUCUUAAUAAUAAACCACUUUCUGCCAUCGA